AUGUGGCUACUCGACCAGUGUCAAGCACUGUUCAACACCUCCAGCCUCUAUGGGGUGCUGGGCGUUUCCAAGGAGGCGACAGACGCAGAGAUCCGACACAGCUACUACAAGGUGUCGCUCAGGGUUCACCCAGAUCGUGCUCCCGAAGACCUGCAGGCAACAGAGAAAUUUCAGGUGCUUGGGAAGUUAUAUGCCGUGUUGAGUGACAAGGAGCAGAGGGCAGUGUAUGAUGAGCAGGGACUUGUGGCUGAGGAAUCGGACUCACUGCAGCAGGACCAAUGCUGGGAGGAGUACUGGAGGUUGCUGUUCCCUAAGAUCACAUUGGAGGACAUCCAGGAGUUUGAGAGGAAGUACAAAGGCACGGAGGAGGAGAGGCAGGAUGUGAUGCAGAUUUACCUGCAGCACCAGGGGAACAUGGACGCCAUCAUGGCCUCAGCCCUUUGCUGCUCUCAGGAGGACGAGCCCAGGAUCACAGCCCUUAUACAGACAGCCAUCCAGGCAGGGGAACUCACGGCCUACCCUGCUUUUACCCAGGAGAGCACCAGGAAGAAGAAAACACGCAAACAUAAGGCUGAUGAAGAAAGACAAGAAGCUGAGGAGAGGCAGAGAGAGAUGGGACUCAAUGAUGCUGAUGACAGUCUUGUAAUGAUGUUAAAGCAAAAGCAGAAGUCCAGAGAGCAGAAUUUGAACUCUUUCCUGUCUGACCUGGAAGCCAAAUACUCCAAGGGAGGAAAAGCCAAAGCAGGAGGGAACGGAAAAAAGUGAAGACUUCAAACCCUUGAAGGUAGAGGUUAAGGUCAAAUUUUUAUCAAAACUUGACACCUGCAUAUGCCCCCUAGUCACACAUCUAUCACGUAUUUCUUUACAAAUUAUCUUACUGAUCUAAGCUCCGCUAGCACCUCUGCUGAAAGUAGAAUAUGGCUUCUACUGCAGUGAGGUGAAUUGUCCAAGUACUUAAACAGCCCCUCUAUUCCCUCGAAAGUCUCCUGUGCCUUACACUAAGCCCUCAUCACAUUAAGGUUUGUUAGGAAAACAUCUAACACCUACCUUUUAGUUGGAGUCUCUCUAAGGCUUGUCUUUUCUCUUCCCAUUAAGGUAUGCUAUGUGAAACCCCAAAGUUUUGUGCAUGUCUUUUUUACAUGGGAAAAUAAAGGUAAUGUGCUUAUAAAAGUACAAAGCAGCCAGUCGAAGCAUGUCAGUGUUCAAAAGGCUUUUGUUUCUCCCUGCAUAGUUGGACUUGCCAUUCGGGUCAUCCUACGAAAAUUGUCUUUCCUGUCCCCUACCUUAACCACCAGGAAAAACACUUAUGUUAGAUAAUGACAUGUUGUUUUAAUUUAAGUGUUUUGUUAAUAAAACAUAUGUAAAACAGAUAUUGCAAACUAUUUGUAUAUAGUGCUUUUGGAAAGUAUUCAGACCCCUUGAUUUCCCCCCCCCCCCACAGUACUACUUUACAGCCUUAUUCUAAAAUGUAUUAAAAAACAUGUUUUUCCUCAAUCGACACAAUACCCCAUAAUGACAAAGCAAAAACCGUUUUAGACAUUUUUGCAAAUUUAUUUAAAAUGAGCUGUCAUAUUUACAUAAAUAUUCAGACGCUUUACUCAGUGCCUUGUUGAAGCACCUUUGGCAGCGAUUACAGCCUCAAGUAUUCUUGGGUAUGACGCUACAAGCUUGGCACACCUGUAUUUGGGGAGUUUCUCCCAUUCUUCUCUGCAGAUCCUCUCAAGCUCUGUCAGGUUGGAUAGGGAUCGUCGCUGUACAGCUAUUUUCAGGUCUCUCCAGAGAUGUUCGAUUGGGUUCAAUUCCGGGCUCUGGCUGGGCCACUCAAUGACAUUCAUAGCCUUGUCCCAAAGCCACUCCUGCAUUGUCUUGGCUGUGCGCUUAGGGUCGUUGUCCUGUUGGAAGGUGAAACUUUGCCCCAGUCUGAGGUCCUGAGCACUCUGGAGCAGGUUUUCAUCAAGGAUCGCGCUGUACUUUGCUCUGUUCAUCUUUCCCUUUAUCCUGACUAGUCUCCCAGUCCCUGACACUGGAAAAUAUCCCCACAGCAUGAUGCUGCCACCACCAUGCUUCACUAUAGGGAUGGUGCCACGUUUCUUCCAGACGUGACGCUUGGCAUUCUGGCCAAAGAGUUAAAUCUUGGUUUCAUCAAGAUUCAUCUAUAACGUAACAAAAUGUGGAAAAGGGGAAGGGGUCUGAAAACUUUCCAAAUGCACUAUAUAUACACAGUUGAAGUCAGACGUACAUACAUUUAAACUCAGUAUUUCACAAUUCCUGACAUUUAAUCCUAGUAAGAAUUCCCUGUCUUAGGUCAGUUAGGAUCACCACUUUAUUUUAAGAAUGUGAAAUGUCAGAAUAAUAGUUGAGAGUAAUUUGUUUCAGCUUUUAUUUCUUUUAUCACAUUCACAGUGGGUCAGACGUUUACAUACACUCAAUUAGUAUUUGGUAGCAUUGCCUUUAAAUUGUUUAACUUGGGUCAAACGUUUCAGGCCCAUUCCUCCUGACAGAGCUGGUGUAGCUGAGUCAGGUUUGUAGGCCUCCUUGCUCGCACAUGCUUUUUCAGUUCUGCCCACAAAUUUUCCAUAGGAUUGAGGUCGGGGCUUUGUGAUGGCUACUCCAAAACCUUGACUUUGUGGUCAUUAAGCCAUUUUUCCACAACUUUGGAAGUAUGCUUGGGGUCAUUGUCCAUUUGGAAGACCCAUUUGCGACCAAGCUUUAAAUUCCUGACUGAUGUCUUGAGAUGUUGCUUCAAUAUAUCCACGUAAUUUUCCUCCUUCAUGAUGCCAUCUAUUUUGUGGAGUGCACCAGUCCCUCCUGCAGCAAAGCACCCCCACAACAUGAUGCUGCCACCCCCGUGCUUCAAGGUUGGGAUGGUGUUCUUCGGCUUGCAAGCCUCCCCCCUUUUCCUCCAAACAUAACGAUGGUCAUUAUGGCCAAUCAGUUCUAUUUUUGUUUCAUCAGACCAGAGGACAUUUCUCCAAAAGGUACGAUCUUUGUUCUCAUGUACAGUUGCAAACCGUAGUCUGGCUUUUUUUAUGGCAGUUUUGGAGCAGUGGCUUAUUUCUUGUUGAGCGGACUUUCAGGUCAUGUCGAUAUAGGACUCGUUUUACUGUGGAUAUAGAUACAUUUGUACCUGUUUCCUCCAGCAUCUUCACAAGGUCCUUUGCUGUUGUUCUGGGAUUGAUUUGCACUUUUCGCACCAAGUACGUUAAUCUCUAGGAGACCAAAUGCGUCUCCUUAGCAGUAUGACGGCUGCGCGGUCCCAUGGUGUUUAUACUUGCUCACUAUUGUUUGUACAGAUGAACGUGGUACCUUCAGGCAUUUAGAAAUUGCUCCCAAGGAUGAACCAGACUUGAAGGUCAAUUUUUAAAUUUUUUUGGAGGUCUUGGCUGAUUUCUUUUCCUAUUCCCAUGAUGUCAAGCAGAGGCACUGAGUUUGAAGGUUGGCCUUGAAAUACAUCCACAGAUACACCUCCAAUUUACUCAAAUGAUGUCUCAAUUAGCGUCGGAAGCGUCUCAAGCCAUGACAUAAUUUUCUUGAAUUUCCCAAGCUGUUUAAAAGCACAGUCAAUUUAGUGUAUGUAAACCUCUGACCCAUUGGAAUUGUGAUUACAUUAAAUAAUCUGUUUGUAAACAAUUGUUGGAAAAAGGACUUGUGUCAUGCAAAGUAGAUGUCCUAACCGACUUGCCAAAAGUUUGUUAACAAGAAAUUUGUGGAGUGGUUGAAAAAUGAGUUAAUCCAACCUAAGUCUAUGUAAACUUCUGACUUCAACUGUAUAUAUUUCGUAGAAAAUAUAUUUUUCUCCCACUCUAAAUGUCAUAAUACAUUAGAAAGUAUUAGUUAUUUAGUGGAUUACUUAAACUAAUGUCAACUAAAUAUAACUAAUUUACAGGGAAUAGCUAUCCCUCAAUUUCAUGUCAAUGGUGUUACGCCAUUAAAUAACAUUUAUAAAAGCAA